CAAGCAGUCAGCCCUACAGUACUAAUUUCCUUAGCUUUAGUUCGAAAUCUUGCCCUGUUUGCGAAGUUUUUUUAGGCGAUAAAAAAGGUUGCUGGAAAUGUGACAAUAAAGUAAAUCAGUGAAUGGUGUGCAUUUCUGGAGGUUGCAUUUGCAGUGGUGCGUGUCGCUAAGCUUCAGUUGUGCCAAGCAACAGGAACGGAGAGUUUCGCUUUCUCUCCCUGUUCUGAAACGAUGACAAAGACCGCAGCUUCUGUAAAUAUUUCAGAGCUGCAGUUAUGGCAUCCUGGAAAGUCACCGAUUGUCGUCGCUCCGAACCUGCAAGGUCGUGUCAGAGAAGUCCCAGGUCUGCAACAGAGGUAUCCCAUACUUGGGAGCACAGCAAGAAGAAUGUCGGGAGGACAGAGCAGAGCCGAGCUACAGUGAGCUCCGAGCUCCAGGUCACAGCGACGAGGCCCGGCUCCUCUGUAAACCGGGACGGCGCCCCGUCAUUGUCCGUGCAGACACAGCUCAUGAAGACGCGAACAACACAGGAAAGAAAACGAAAAAGUGAUGCAAGGCUGCUUUCUUCAGAAAACACAAUAAAUCGUGUUACAUAUUAUGGUAACCACAAACAAAACACUGUUAACCCAGACUACCAACAAAUGCUUUCCAGAAUUUCUUGCAGCAAUCAAAUAUUUGUGAGACUCGCCAAUACAAGCAACAACUGUUGUGUAAAUGCCCUUCUGCAAACCUUGUUUAUGAUUCCAGAAUAUAGCUGUCUACUUUCAAAUUGCCAACAGAAAGACCUUCUGAUAAAAGCCAAUAACGACAUUCUAUAUCACCUUGGCAAAGUAUUUCAGCACCUGCACAACAAAACUAAGAGUAUUGUAUCGCCUGAUAAAUUUAUUCAGUGCUUGGUGUUAAACCAAAUUAAUGUGGGGAGUCAAUCGGAUGCUGAGGAACUUUUCCGUUCACUCUGUAAUUUAUUACAAGACCAGUUGAAGAAGACCAUGUUUAACAGAUUUGUUGAGGAUUUGCAUGUGCUAACCACUGAGGAAUAUAGAAAAUGUUUAAAAUGCCAAAAUGAAUUCCAGCAGUUUGGACACAUGCUCACUAUUCCUCUUUCACUUUAUGAGCCUUCAUCGGAGAAAUGUUAUCAGAAUGUAAUGAAUUCCCUGAAUGGCUUCUUUCAAUCACAAAAUUUAGAUGGUGAUAACAAAUGCUAUUGUGACCAAUGUGGAGAAAAGACAACGACACAACAUGGCUACAGAGUGCGUUCUUGGCCACAAAUACUAUGUCUACAGCUAAAACACUUUGGCUUUGCUGCAAGCUUGAGGAAAGUGGUCAAAAACAAUAAUUAUAUGGAAUUUCCAGAAAGCAUCAACUCGGAGAAUUGCAAAAAAGAAUUUCCUAACCUCAAGAAUAUCCCACAAUACGAACUCAUCUCUGUGAUUGUUCAUCAGGAUAUUGCAUCCUUUGGCCAUUAUUAUGCUUAUAUAAGGAAUAUUCAGGAAAUAGAGUGGUACUGUUUCAAUGAUGAACAUGUUACGGGAGCAACAUGGGAAGAUGUUAAAAAGACUUUUGGAUCCAGCUCCUCACCAGGUCAAUCUCAAAUGAGCGGAAUAGCUUAUCUUCUGUUUUACAAAAGGAUGGAUUGAUCGUUUCAGGAACACAGACUUUGCUGUCAUCCAGCUGGGGAUCAGCACCCUUCUUCAUUCUUCAAUGCAUUACUAUAACUUUAUCAUUUUAUCAUAGCUUCUCAAUAAAAUGUAUUACCUGCUU